UAUUCGUGUAAAGAAUGCCGAAAUGGAUGAUCUCAGUUUCGCUUGUUUGGAUUUUUGCAUGUAAAACAGCGAUGACGACGCCUUGCUCUUCUAUAUACAUAUACAAUAUUGUUUGCUGUUGUGUAGGUUGUGCUAUCUUAUAAAUGUGGGUAAACUCGUUUGUACGACACACACUAGUGCAUUAAUAACUCGAUACAGCAUAUAAAUCGCUUAAGAAAGACAAGGAAAGGAAGAAAAAACACGCCACUGCUCGCAAUUAUUGUGCGUCUUUUUCGUCGAAUGCUUGAUGAUGUCGGCAUUUUAAUCUCGCAGCGUAUUUUCCACAUUCAACGAGCUAUUGACUAUUCGUCAUCAUCACUGUAAAUGUAGAGCGUAGAGUGGGGCCACUUACAUUGGUAUCGGUUGUGAUCAAUUUUCACAUUGGCAUGGUAAAUUCGAGAAGUAACGCCGAAUGAAAUUUAAAAGAAGAAAAAAAACUGGACAAUCAUUUCGACGUGAUUGCAUAAUACAAACUAUCUCAUACAAUGAGUUAAGAGUUAAAUGAUUCAUGAGGCGAUGAUUUUGGAGUAGAUUCCAAAUAGAUACAAUGGCACUGGGUUUUUAUAAAUGAUUCAGAAUGAUCACAAAAGCAAGCCAUAAAAACGAUAACCGACAACAACAAUAUCCAUUCCCUAUACCUUCUAUUAUUCACCGCAAACUCAAUUUGAAUAUGGUUUUCUCUUAUAAUUAUAGACAUCAUUUGGGCUGUCGGACAAAAAUAGAGUGACGCGCAUGAAAUAAAACAAAAUAAAUGCGAUAUUUCGGUGUUGGCUUAGUCAAUGUUGACUUUUUAGUUUCGACGACGUCAGUUGGGCUUUUCGGUUGUUUGUAAUCGCCGGGCAUUAAACAUGCGUUGAUUACGACCAAUGAACUGAAUCAAUAAAUAAUCGAUACGAUCGAUCAAUUGUGGGUACGUGUUUGUGGUGGGAAAAUUUACGGUGACAAAGCAACACGGAACAAACAACAUUGUCAUUCGCACAAUAAUAUAAAUAUUGGUCGUGGAGCCGAGAUAUGUUGGAGAAUAUUCCAUUUAUCGGCGAUUGGCAUCGGUCAAUUAAAUUAGGAUGUGGAGCUUUUGCCGAUGUUUGGCUGUGGCAACAUGGAAAAACCAAAGAGAAAAUCGUUGUGAGAACAAAUAAAGUUUUGGGUGGUCCGAAUGCGAGCAAAGACAAAGAACAAUGGGAACGAGAAAUUGAUUUGAUGACCAAUAAAAUUCGACAUAUAAAUAUUGUUCGUGGCCUUCGAAUCAAGCCGGAUACAUUUUUAAUUGAAUUAUUAAAAUCGCAUCCAUCGACCGAUGGCAUUUUGAUCACCGAAUAUUGCGAAGGUGUGGAUUUACGAAAGCAUUUGAAUUACACACAAAAUGCAUGCGGAAUGCCGGAAAGAGAAGUGCGCAACAUUCUUCAAACACUCAAAAAUGUUGUAUCAUACUUACACUCGAUGUCGGUUAUUGUGAGAGACAUUAAACCCGACAGCAUUAUUAUUCAUGUAACAAAUGACGGACGAACCAUUUACAAGCUAACUGAUUUGGGAUGUAGUAAGCCGAAUGAUUUUCGUACCAUUGAUGCAAAUCAAAUUGACAAAAUGUGCUCAUAUAUUGCACCCGAACUGAUAACAUCGGACAAGUAUAAUCGUUCGGUUGAUUAUUGGUCAAUUGGUACCAUUUUAUACGAAACAAUUACGGGUACUAGACCUUUUGUGCAACAUCUACCAUUGGCAAAAUGGAUUCUUUGUGUUCGCGAGAAAAAAUCAGAACAUAUCACCAUUACUGAGGAUGAUACCGGUGAAUUCAUUUACUCCGAUCGAAUUUCGAACGAAAAUCAUUUAUCGCAUGGUUUUGCGAAACUGUUGGUGCCAUGGUUUAAAUUAGCACUUGAAUGGAAUGGAAAGCAGAGAGGUAGCAUUUUUGAAAAAUCUAAUUCCGUAUCGAAUGAGAAUGUCAAUGUGGCACCGGUACAAACGUUGAAAUUUUUUGAAACCGUUGAUCAUAUUUUGGAGCAAAAGAUUUUAACCAUUUUUGUAUUAACAAAUCACAAACAUCUAAAUUUUUUGGUCGACGAUAACACCACAAAUGCCGAUUUUUUAUCAUUUAUUGAACAAGAGACACGUAUUCCAAUAUCAAAAUGUUACAUUAUCACAUCAACAGAGAACUGUUUGUCGAAAGAUAUCGAUUCGUAUCAAUCACACCAACAAUUCAAUAAGCCAAUUGAUCUGUACAUCGACAAUUAUUUUGAUAAACCAAUGGUAUUUGUAACGCAAUGCGGUGGAGUUGGAUCGACAAUGGCAGUAUCAGAAUGUGAAUUGAAUAAAGAUGAUGAUGUGUCAUAUGUGAUUGAUUUACCGGCCAGUGUUCGAUGUGUACUCAAUAGUCCCGAGAACCGGUUAAAAAUUCAUUCACUUUGGAAAUUUGCUCGCGAUACAUUAUAUUUUGUGCGUAAAGAAAUCAACACAUAUAAAACAUGUUUGGAUGGUUGGCUUUGUUUUGCCCGUCAGCUUGCGAAUGAGAUUGAAAUGUGUCAAAGCAAUGUUCGAAAAAUGCAGACACUGGUGUACGGCACAAGGGGUUCCCUUGAAUUGUUCAAACAAACAUUGGACAUUUUACAUGAAAAACAACAUUGUGAUGCCAAAUGGUUGGAACAGUACACAAAAAUCAUGCAAAAUGUUGAACGACUUGUUACUGCCUGUAAUAAGAUUGAAAUAAGAUAUGGUUCAGUUCAUCGUCGCAUUCGCGAAAUAAGCCAUAAUGAGCUUCUGAUAAAAAUGAACACACACGACGGUUACGGUACUAUCAAUGUGAUCAAGGCAUAUGACACACUUCGCGCCCAACUCCUAAGCAACAGACUACCGGCCAAACCACAUUUUGAGCUAUUUAAUUGUGCUUUCAAAUGUCUUAAGCAACGUGAAUCUCUUCUGAGAAAUAAAAAUUUCAUUGAAAUUAGAAGAAAUCUGAAUUGUGUUCACAACGAGUUUAUUGAAAUAAAAAAAACGCUGGAAAAGGCGAUUAUUCCGGCUGAAAAAUAUCGAAUCGAAUUAAAUGAAGCGAACAAAAGUUUAAAUGAGCAUGUGUGGUCGCUAGUGGAAAAAAGUCACAGCCACGUAUCAACGAGCACAUCUGAUUUGACAUUGUCAAAUACAAAUAGCACUGCCACACCAGAUGCAGAUGCAGAUGAAAAUGCUAAAAUCCAAAAAAUUAUGCGACAAAUAACCGAAGAGAAUGCAAUGAACACGAAAUUGCUGAUCGAAGAUAAUAUAAAUCUUCGUAUUGAAAUGGCAAACUUAAUGCAAGAUAUGGACGAGGAAUUGAAAAGUGAAACAUCGCAUUAUGAUCAUCGUCAUCAAUGAUCAUUAUCGAUCAAUCAAGCACUUUUCUUUUAAUAAAAAGUUCUGUUUGAAUUA